CUAAGCAUGGGCUGCAUCCCGUCGCUGCUGAGCGCCCUGCGUGGGUACCACGGCGCGCACCUCACGCCGCGUCAGGUGGCCAGGCAGCGCCGCCUGCGCUCCUCCAGCAGGGCCAGGCAAGGCCCAGUUCGGAAGGACAUGUCAGCUCCCCCUUCCCCAGAAGAAGAUGGGGAUUUACGGUCCUUCAGUUUCGAGGCACCGGCUUCCCCAGGGCCUUCGCUCAGGAGCAAGAAGGCAAGCAAAGGCGGGGGCUCCCUUUCGCCUCUACCCCCCUCUGGAACCCCGAGGCAAAAAGCCCCUAAAUUUAGUUUCUCGGGGAGCCGCAGAAAAACUCAAAAUGUGAAUUGAAAUAUAGACAAGUAGCCCAAACUGCUAAAAUUAUUUCUAUGGUAUUUCGUCACGAAUGUUCCUAGAAUCAACCUAAGAAUCAAUUUGUUCCUAGAAUCAAUGUCCCUAAAAUAAUGAUUUGCUUUAACUUGGCAUGAAGGAUUCUAGAUAAAAAAUUGGAAGAAUUUAAGAGAAAAAAUAUCAAGAGAAGUCAUAUUUGAUCAAGGUAUAGGUGUCGCUGGAAAAUGUAUGAGGAAAUAGAAACACACAAUAAUAUUAUUCUACUGUGGCACGUUUUACCUCAGAUUUAUUCUAUUGCAUUCUCUUAUCCUCUCGAUGUAUCAAACAUGUAGCAUUUACCUUUCGAUUUUAUCGCAACUCUGAUAUGAAUGUUCUCAGAAUCACAAUGUCUACUUUAUUACGUAAAUGCAAAUUAAUUUUUAGCCACUUUUACCGCAAAUUCAACUCAAUUCAUGCUCAGAGUUAGUCUACGUAAUUUAUUCAUGAUUGUGUUCACAUAUUACGUGUACAUUGUGCAUAUCUAAGACAUGGCUCUUUAUUUAGACAUAAUAAUAUUAACGAAAUUUAUGAGGAAAAAUGUAUUAUACUUUGUUAAAUUCGGUGAAUAGUUUUAAAGUAGUGUUUGUUAAAGGAACAAUGAAGUAAAGUUGAUUCCGCUUCAUACUUUUCAAAAAGUCAAAAGCAUUAUUAAGCAUAGCAUAUCUGGUCCUACCAUAGCUCUUU